CUUUCUGGCUUUCCUUGUUGCACUGACCAGCAUGGUGACCCUGGGGGAUGCAUCCUGCUUUACUGUACUUCAAGUUCCAGGGAAGGUCUACAGAGGGUGUACGUGGAAAGGAAAACUGUAUCCCUUUGGACACAUUGAGAGGACAGAAGAUUGCUACAAAUGUGACUGCAGUCAAGCUGCAAUGGAAUGCUGCUCCCUCUUUCACACUCCUAUUUCUUAUGACAAAGAGAAAUGUAAAGUGGUUUUCAACAAGAAGCGCUGUGACUAUGAUGUGGUGCAGAAGGAUGACCCCUCAAAGGUGUGUUUUGCCUUUACUGCUGUGGGCUAACACCUGCUCCAAACCUCUCUGCAUUGUGGAAUUCCUCUCCUUCCUACAGAUGCUUUGCCAUCACAGAGAAGCACGAUGACAUGAGAAAAUCUCUUAAAGAAGAGCAAUUCAGUGGCUGCCUUCUAACCUCCGAAUUGUCCUAAUUCAGCUUACAAGAUGCAUAAUGAGAUAGAGUGUCUCAUUUCUGUCAAAAGGUCAUAUUCAUGUUCUUUAUAUUAGUUGUGAAGACUUCGUGUUUUAAGCAGUUUACAGAUGUUUAGUUAACAUUUAAAUUAAGUAGGAUUUUCAUUCUAUUAGUUUCCUUUGUUCAAGCUGUAUUUAUUUAUUUUUAAAUUAGAGCCUUAUUACCUGUAAGGUCCCAAGAGAUUCUGUGAAAUCUGGGUGCCAGUUUUCUUACAGAUGACUUUCUUAGUUCAAGAAGAUUUUUGAUUUGCUGCAGAACCAGGAAAAGUGUGAAUUAAUGACCAAGAAAAGAAAUCUAACACAGGCUUUGAAUCUCCUGAGAAUAUAUUCUUUAUGGUCCUGGGACGAACCAGCAUAUUUUUGUGAUUAGCACAUCCUUCCAGAAUUUAUCUGUGGGUGGAAAAACCCAUCUUCCACUGCAAGGGCACCUCCUCCACCACUUGUAGUUGAAGCAGAGUCUGAACAGUUCAGCACAAACAAAAGCUGACACUGGAGAAGAAAGAAAAUUAAUUCUGAUGGGUUUACCAGGCCAAAGAAAUGUAGAGCCUUGUCUCAUAGGCUCCAGAGAAUAAACUGUGUUCACUGAGACCCAGAAAUUGCAUAUAAAUGUUUUAAAAAAGACAUUUUUUAGUCUCAAUGUGCAAUUGUAUUUGUUUUUAUAUUACUAGAGUAGCUGCCUAUACUGAUAUUUCCUUCUUUCUUUUCUCUCUAAAUAAAAAUAAUUUAGCAAUGAAGCUCAGGAGUCUUUAAUCUCCCUUGCUCAGAGCUGGGAAAUGCUCAAGAACAUUGCCACAGGUAAUUUUUACUGAUUUGGGAUUUUUUUAUUCAUGAGAUUAUCCAUCUGCACAAAAGCAGGCUAAUAUGUCACUUAUCCUCUGCUUUGAAUUUUUUUUAUUAUUUACACACCACCAAAAAUUAAUGAGAUGUGUAGGGCAGAAAGAGAGAGGUACUAGUUCUCUUCUCUGUCCUUCACAGAAAUGAGACUAAAGAACCACUUGUUGAAUUUUGGUAACUUCUUGUCCAAAUGAGAAAUAUUUUUGUGUUGGUAAAACACUGGAGAAUAAGUUUUUAAUAUUUUUUUUAUCCACAGGUUAUACCAUACAAAAGCUCCUUAGAAACAACCCAUUAUUGUCAAAGUC